AAUACCAUGGCGCCCUCUGUUAGUACUAGAUGUAUAUGUCAGUUUGGUAAUGACGUUUCUUUGUUUACACUUUUAGUUGUUUUUUUUACUUUUUAUUUAUUUUGUCAUUUGCCGCUUAAAAUAUAAGUAAUAGCUAUAUAACUUAUGUUUUUAUCCAUUAAAAGUGAAGUGAGGCAAUUCACUUCGUAGCGCUUCGAUAUUUUCAAUAUCAGAACAUCAGAAUACAUAUUAGUGUGUCCUGUAAUUCAGCAAUGGAAGGUUGUCUAGUUUAAAAAGGUAUUAUAACUGUUUUAUACAAGUAAUAUAUGAAUGUUAUGACUGAACUAACAACUUUGACGACAUUAAAAUGCAAACAGCAAGCCAUACGAGCUGUAAGAUUCAACAUAGAUGGUACCUACUGCCUCACAUGUGGGGCAGACAAAAAGAUAAAGCUCUGGAAUCCUCACAGGGAACUACUCCUGAAAACCUAUGGAGGUCAUGCUAAUGAGGUCUUAGAUGCAGCUGGAUCUUGUGACAGCAGCUAUAUUGUAUCAGGAAGUGCAGAUAAAUCUGUAAUCUUAUGGGACGUAACCACAGGACAACCGAUACGGCGAUACCGCGGCCAAGCCAGUUCUAUAACAUGUGUGAGGUUCAACGAAGAAUCGACUAUGGCAGUUUCAGGAUCCAUAGACAACACUGUCGCUUUUUGGGAUGUCGUCAGUCGAAGACAAGAGCCUGUGCAACUGUUAAAAGAUGCUAAAGAUACUAUAACUUCAAUACAAGUAACGGAUCAUGAAGUUAUGACUACAUCUGUUGAUUGUCAUGUACGAUUGUAUGAUAUUAGGGUUGGUAAGAUGAUUUCAGAUUAUAUUGGAGAUGUAAUCACAUAUGGGAGCAUGACACAUGAUGGCCAGUGUUACAUACUCAGCUGUUCGGAUGGAACUAUUAAAUUAUUUGAUAAAGACUCUGGGGAAUUGCUAAAUACUUUUAAAGGGCAUGAAAGUAGCGAUUAUUUGUUGGAGAAUGCCGUAAAUGAGAAGGAUAGCCACAUAAUAUCCGGGUCUGCUACUGGUGAGGUUUUUUACUGGGACUUAAUAAGCAGUAGUUGUACACAGAAGUUAGUUCACACUACAAAUAAGCCAACUAUAUCUCUGAGUCAUCAUCCAACUGAAAACUAUCUGCUGACAGCAUGUGAAGAUGAAAUAAAAUUGUGGGGUGUUCGACGUGAAGAAAACUAAACUUUUUUUAUGAUUCUGUAUGGCUAUUAUAAUAAAAACUGUUUUAGACAUAAUUUUUUAUUAAAGAAAUCUAUACAUAUAAAUAAAAUUGGAGUGUCUGUUUGUAAUAUUGAAAUAACAGUUUU